AGAUGCAGCGUGGUCAGAAUAAUCUGAGAAUUUGGCACUCCUGUUAGGUUCGAGUCAAAAAAAAUUCUUUAUUUGGUUUCACUGACCAAAGCCUCUCUCCACUUUCUUCUUCAACACUUUUCCACAGCCCUGUUUUACUCCUAUCCUCAUAAUGGUCGUCGUUGAUCUAGUCAAAGGACUCGAGACUUGGAACAUCAACCAACAGUCCGAUUCCCCUCUCUUUACAAAGCUGCCACCGGAGCUUCGCCUCACCAUUUUCACUCUUGCGCUGGCUCAAGAUUGGAAGGAGCUUGGAAAUGGUGUAUGCUUGCAUGGUGACUACGACUUCCGACUGCGUCACGACCACGACGGCGAUCCUGAUGAUGAUAUCCGAGAUGAGCUAGAGAAUGGGAGAGAGGACUACUGUGGACAUCGACGCCCUAGCAAUGGACGCAUGUGCUUCCCGGAAGCCACUGGAGGCGUUCUUUGGUUUAAACCAUACCUCUCUCCCAAGCUGCUGGCCACUUGCCGUCGUGCAUUUGCCGAGGGACAUAAGCUCAUCUACGAAGCAGAGCGCUGGCACAAAGGGUACUAUGUGCUACCUCCAAAUUUGCCCCGGCGGUUGGAUCCGAGCUGGUCUGGCUAUGAUUCAUCAACCGAAAAUGGGUACGGAUUCUAUCACACGUACCCCACGGGAUACUGGAGCCGACAAAGAGCGGACUGGGAGCACCCAUUCAAGAGGAUCCGUAUGGCCCAUGGACUCCACGAAUAUUAUAAAUUCCUGCGCAGAACUUCCUAUCCCCAGUACUGGGACAUGCGUGGCUUCAACACCAAAUACUUUCAGUUUAGUAGGAUGGAGCACUUGCGCAUCUCACCAGAUGAUCGGCAAGCCUGGGACGGUCGGGACAUAGGACGACAAGGUGAAUUUUACGGAAAAACAUGGUGUCCACUGCUCAAGCGAACUCAUUUGGAUUUUAUUGACUCUAGCCCGCUCCGCAAUAUCAUUGCGAUGGGGAAGAAACUUUUGGAAUCCAAAGAACAACAGAAUCAGCAGCAACAAGCAGACCAUCAAGAACAGGCCAAGUCCGCCCCGAGUCGCCCAGAAUGGAUCACGCCACCCCCAGAAGGUCUGCCCUGCAGUUACCCCGUCGGCUCGUGGGCGCGAGAGUUUGUCAACAUGCCACAUAUCCGUACCCUCACCAUGGAUUUCCACUGCGACCAGACCCAGCGCAUCCCCUAUGAGGCCUGGAUCGAGGAGGUGGUCAUCAAAACGUGGCGCUUCCCCUUGAACCCGAAGCACCACCAAGGCUACCAUUAUCUUUCCGCCGAGGGCAACCCCGUCCGGAAACUAUCCUGGCGCGGUGCCGAAGGUCAUGUAGAGAACAUAUGCACCGAAUGUGGAGCAGAUCGAGUGCUGUGCCACAAUGACGCAGAUUGGUGCCAGUCGUAUAAACUUGUAGAGGAACGGGCUCUCAUUGGGCGUGGGUUACGCAUGUACACUUGGACAGUUACCUGGACACGGAGGAAGUAUGAAGGACCCGAGGUUUAUCCAUACAAUGGGUGCGUGGAGGUUGACGAUGACGACUAUCAGGACGAAUGGGACUCGGAUAUGGACAGUGAGGACGAGGCGAAGUGGGAGUUCUAUACCGAUUGGUCUGGCAACGAAUGGAGGCCCCCAGCUUAAGAGAAGAGGGGAAGUGGUGAUGUUUUACCGAUCUUAUGGGCAAGGAAGGGAGGUAAUAAAGGUUUUAGAGUGAAGCUUACGAUUAACACAUUGAGAAAAGUUUCAUACGACGCCAGAUUUUUAGAACUAAAAACGUCAAGCUGAUUUCAACUCAAGAAGACUCAGAGUCAAUAUUGCCCAGGCCAAUAUAAAACUUGAGCUCGACCUCAUUGCUGU